UCAUUUAUUGGAAUACCAACAGGUGGAAACCCACAAUCAUGGUAGGUUGUGAGCCUGUUUUCUUCCAUCUGAGAAUCCUUGAAAAAUCAAGCACAAUACCAGCCCCCCAACCUACAUAAUCUUAAACACAGAUUCGCCGAAUUGCCCAACCAAAGUUCAAAGAACUGACAUCGGCUUGAUCAACAGAUUUAACAUCUAUUAAGUACCAUGGCAGUUUUGCCCAAAAUCGCCCAAAAUCAGCCACCAAUGGCGAAAAAUGUGGUAGUGCGCAAAAGCGAGGUGGUCUCCAUCAGGAAUCUGCUGAGCUUUGUGAACCACACCCUAGACUGUGAACUGCGGGGCCUGGAUGAUCUCAAAACAGGAGCAGUCUACUGCCAACUAAUGCACAAACUCUACCCCGAGACGAUUCAAAUUCAAAAAGUAAGGUUCUUUACGAGCAACAGAAGCGACUUCGAGGCAAAUUUUCGAUUUCUGAACCAUAGCUUUGAAAAACUACGAGUAACGCGGUCCUUGCCGAUGAAUGAGUUGAUACUGGGACACAAUCACGUGGACUUCUGCAACUGGAUGUACAAGUUCUUUAAAGCGAACGACAUUGGGAGGGAAUACGAUGCCAAAAAGGCGAGAAAAGGCUCGCAAAUCGGGCUAUGCAAAAGUUAUGAGCUAGCCUCCUUCUCAACUGGCAGCACGAAUGCCAUGCACAAGUGUCAGUCGAUGGUCUUUAAUUAUGCUAGAAAUCCUGCCAGGUUAGAGAGGCGAAAUAGCCUAGAUAUUCAAGUGUCCAGACCGGGCAUCUUUAAAAAUAUUCAGCGGAAAAAGCAAACCAAUCAGCCGAAUCCAAAAUCAUCGCAGAAAAAGAAAAUCUCAAAGACCUCGCAAUUCCUCGCCGAAAGCAAGAACAUUUCCCUGCCUUCGGAAAGCGAGGACGAGUUGGAACUUAGUGCCCAGAAACGCUAUUUGCACAAUCAUAUAGCGAAAAAACUCAAAAAUGCAAAGAAAGUUAAUGGCGCACCGUCUAAUGACCCAGGAAUUCCAAAACAGUAUCCACAAAUCCAUCAAUUAAAGUGUGGGAACGCCCUAUGCAAGAGUUAUGAGCAGGAAACUGGGGAGCUGCGAUCCAAGCUACAAGACUUACAGAUGGAUAAUGAACAGCUGACAAAAAAGUUGAUUUAUGUGGAGCGUACACUGCUCAAAUACGCUACUAAACCAUCGAUUGCAGUUUGCAAAAUAAAUAAACGGUUGCAGCAGAGUCCAAAUAUGGUAGAAGUGCAUCCGCGUAGAACCUCAAUAGAUAAAGAUACACAGAAAGUAGAAGGAUCAGCCAUUGGGCAAAUGCCUCCUCGUUAUAGCAAGGAAUUCCAGACGUGCAUGGAAUUUUCAUCUCCUGGCUCAGAGGAUACAGAUGUGACGAGGCAUGCCCUUUAUUCCAGUUGCAAUUCCCAAUCUGAUAUGUCUAAGAAAAGCUUUGCGGUUGCGAGGCCAGUUUAAAACCCUCAAAAUGUAAAACAUCCACGAAAGUGCGCCACUGACCUUUAAAAUGGCUUAUACAUGACAAUCGACGAAUAACUCCAUCAGAUAAUAAUUUGAUUUUAAUACUUAACUUUAUGAAAAAAAGAAAUAUACAAAAAAAUUUCGAAAGUUGGUUCCAAAUGAUUGAAAACGAAUUUCAAGGA